GAUAUCGACGAGUGCUCUAUCAAUUCUCACAGCUGUGACGUCAAUGCGGUGUGCAGUAAUACUGUGGGAUUGUACGUAUGCGCCUGUAAAGCAGGAUAUUCAGGCGAUGGAAACACCUGUACUGGUGAGCAUAGUUUUGUUAGAUAUUUUUAGAGUGAACGACAAGUGAAAAUAAUGCGACGUUUUUCUUCGUGCUUCUGUUUUCCCUCUGCAAAGAAAACCGUUUUGAUUACACAGUUUGGCAUUUUGUGUUUUGUAGAUAUUGACGAGUGUGCCAGCGGUACUCACAACUGCCACAGUUCACUUCCUUCGUGUACAAACACUGCAGGAUCCUUCAGUUGUUCAUGCGGUAAUUAAUCACGAAAUAUUUGGAAAAUGUCCGUUCACUAGACCCUUAUUUACACUCGUUAGAAGCACAUUUCUCUAACCUUGAAUGUUUUCAGAGGGGGUUCAGUUUAAUGUUGAUACCUCCCAGAUCUCCUGUCGACGGAAGCCAAAAGCAAGAUCUGGUCAAUUAAUCAAAUUCAAUUUUCCUUUUCACUAUAUUAUAGUGGAGGAGUGACACGAGUAUUGUCAUCAGUGCGCGCUGUGGUGUCUGCAAUUCAUUCUUCGCGAAAUCUUUUUCUGGUAGUUUCCCCUUUUGCUUAAUCGCCUCAUCCCGACGCGACGCACGAGUUCAUCAAUCGAUCACAUAGGCGUACGGGCCGGGGAGGCGAGGGGGCUGCAGCCCCCCCAAAUUUUGGGCAACUCAGAUUUGUUUGGGCAACACGAGAAAAUUUCGGCAAACCCAGUUUUUAAAGACGUCUCCAUGUUUUUAUUAUUAUUUUGAAAAGAUAAAUAUUUUCUAUUUUAACCUGAAGUCGGCGUAAUAAUCCCGUACAUUGACACAAGAUAGUGGCUGCCUAGCACGUGACGAGUUUCUGGUUAUAAGGGAUGGGCACUGUACUGCAAUGGGCUAUUUCCACUCUUGAAUUUAUUAGAAUAAACUUCCGCCUAACUUUCUGGAAUCAUCUCCGCUCGUAGAACAGUGUAUCGCAGAUAACAUCAGCAAUGGGUCUGAACGUGAAGAAGUGGCUGACUAAUUCUCAGUUUGAAUUGCGAGAAGAAUCUUACUUUUUUUUAAAAAAACUAUAGAGCGGUUUAAAAAUUAUUUACUAAUUUGUUAAAGUAGACUGAAAUGUUUACAAAACCGCUAACAAGAGCGGCAUGAUACAUACUAAUCAAAUCCUUCUUUGUAGCAAUCGGCCUGAGCUAUCUCCAUGAUCUUUCACCCACUUUUCUAAAAAGAUUGAAACUACUAUGAGGUGAAAUUGCAUGUCAAUGCGCAUCGUUUUCUACAGAUAACGGCCAAACAUCAAGAUUUUCCUUUUUUUACCGUAUUUCCAACGAUAAAAACUUUAUCCCAAAAUGUCUCGAUAACGCUCUUACAGAUUCCGUUUUAACUCCACAAACAUCGAAGCGAAUAUUGGAUGCUCCUGUGAUCGAUUUUAGAAGAACAGUUCCCACGGAGAAAUAUUGCUGCAAGUAUGAUAGGUAAUGGCUUCAUUUCGUUGCUAUGACAACUCCGAUGUCAUUGCAACCCUGAUCGCAACAAAUUUUCAUCUUUAUCUGAUACCACUAUGGUGGCAAUUUUUCCAAAUGUUUGUUUAUGGCGACGUAGUUUAUGCUCAAACUUGGCAGGUAUUGACCCUCAAAAACUGUUUCGAGCCAUUUUGAUAUGCCAGUACGGCCUAUGCUGUUGCAUCGGUCCUCGUUUCUGUUCGACUGUUUUGUAAAACUUUGGGCAGCUUGCAAAAUUUUUUGGACAAAUGGUUUACCGCCCCCCAUGGCAAAAAAGAGCCCGUACGCCUAUGAUCGAUAGUGUCCGGCUUAACACAAGCCAACGCCUGAUUGAAGAACAAGAAAAUGGAAAAGUUUCCUUUUUAAGAUUUCUAGAAUAAGUGAAUGCUUGUAUCGUAACAGUUUACUUACUAGUGACUUGAUCGCAUCGUCCAUACGUCCGGUUAGAUUGUGCUUAUACUCGUUUCGUACCUACGUGACUAACCUUUUAAUUACUGUUUGAGUUUCUCAGAUGCAUUUCUCGAUUUUAUUGUCCCGUGCAACCUCUUAUGUUAAAGGGAUACUCUAUACCUAAAACCAAUUUUGUUCAAAAGAUAGCAUUUGCACUAUUAUUACAGGAAAAUGACAAAAAACAAUCGAAAAGCAAAAGUAGAAAGCCCGAAAACCGUUGGACAAAAGUGAAAUUUCAGCUCUUUGAAAUCACCGAUUUGUUAGGGCACGUAAUCAUGACGUAGAAAGAAGAAUCUUUUCAGUGUGACUGAAGAGAUGGUGGAGUCCGAUUAUAGUUUCUCCCUUUCUUCUCGUCCUUCAAACAAAAGUAUAAACGAGAAUUCGACUUUGUUAGAGCGUGAGAAAGCACAGACUUAUUUGUUUUAGACGUAUCAAAGCGAGUUUACUGAACUAUGAUACUGAAGUUACAAGCGGGUUCGACGUGGAGCAACACGAGCGAUUGCAAAAUACAGAUCGGGUAUUAGGGACCGGUCAUUAUGUACGUAGAGGGGGGAGGGAAAAAAAGGGAGGGAGGGCGGGUAAAGGCUAUUUUAGAUUGGCUAGAGAGGGGGGGGGGCUAAACUUUUUUAUAAAGAAAUUUAGAGGGGGUCCGCAGUUUGAUCGCAAGGUAUAUUUUAAGAGGGGUUCAUUAGCAAAGAUGGGUAAAGCAGGUAAACAGUAGAAUACAAACAUUAUAUGUGAAACAGUAAUGCUAAAUUGUACAAUUUUAUGCAAGAGAGAAUUGUUUUACGCUAAUCAUAUUGCUUUUUGUAUAUUUAAAGCACCACUAUUUUGUACAACUUAGUCAUUUGUAUUUGACAGAAAUUCUGUUUGCACUCUAAACUUCAUUGUUAUUUCAAAUUUUAGCUGAUAAAGAAUCCAGACCUAUCAGUCUCCCUUAAUAUUUGGUUUGACUGAAUUUUCUUUUAACAAAAUGCUUGGCACUUCAAUACAUUUUACAGUAGAGGUAGUAUAUAUUCUGUAUGUUCGUGGUUUUUAAACCUGAUGAAGACUAGUAUUGGCCAGUCGAAAUAUUGUUUAGCACAGUCUUUUUUACAUUGUUUGAUCAGCCUUUGCAGUAGUCUUUUUAACUUUAAUUCUAUUUUUAUCUUUUUCGACUGAUUACGAUCUUGUUUGAUGCAACUUUGUUCUACAUUGAUCGUUCACGGUUUUACAAUAUAUGUCUGUCUGGAUUUGCAAAAAGGUACCUCCAGGAUUUUUUUAGCAACGUAAACAGUCUCAUUUGAGGCUUGUUCAGUACUUGACCAUUUGUUUACAAUGCUGUUUAUAUCUUUCCCCGCUAGCUAUCAUUUCCCAUAAUUCUCUCCAUGUCAUAAAGCACUAUAACAUUUGAAAUCAGCGCGCGCGGUAUAAGCUGUUUUCCGUGGUCGGCUAAUUUUCUAGAUUUCUCUUUCGCCGCCUGCAGCAAAUUUGUUAAGCCUUAUGAAGGAAGAAGUCUCACGAACCAGUUUUAGUGCAUAAAAUUAUUAUUUAACUAGAAGCAACCUACCAUUUCCCUACUUCAUCGUAUGUAUAGGCAGAGAUCACUCAUCCCGUUAACAGGGGCAGAUCGAGGCAGCUUAAGAAUGCCUACAGAUGUAUUUGUCUCCCUUUCCCAUGUUCUUGCUUAAAGGCCACUGUAUGUCUACCAGUGUGUGAAAGUCAGUAACCAAUCCUCAAUUACUCGUAUGCAGAUUAAGAUCGCAGCAGUGGGGCAGGUCCUGAUGGAUCUUAGAGGAGGUGAAGAUUACCCACUUUGAACCUGUUUAUGUACAGUGGAUAAAACUUCACGAAACCAGUUGAACUACAAGAAAUGUUAAAAUAUUAAAUAAUUUUCCAGCUUUUUAAAAGUUAAAUUAAUUAUUAUGUUUAUAAUUACUAUUUUAUUUUUUCUAUAUCAGAAUGUCAGAAUUACACAACUCUUGAUAACGCUAACAGAAAGAUUACGUAUCACGGUCACAAACUCCACUGUGACAAUACAAUCGGACCUGGUUGGUUUCGUUUCGAAGGGGCCGCCGGCAAAAUGAUGCCAACGUCAUGUCCACCUAAAUUCAGAUGUGGCACAACAUCAACCGGCUGGUUGAAUGGUGAACACCCCACAGUAGAAGAUGGUCAAGUCACCAGAAUGGUGUGUUUUCACUGGAUGUCAAAGUGCUGCAAAUAUUUAACCUACAUCAAAGUGAGAAAUUGUGGUUCAUAUUAUGUGUACUACCUAAGUGGUACACCUCUACCUCGUUGUUAUCUCCGUUAUUGUGGCACGGAUCAUGACUAA